CGACGAGAUACGAAUUCCUAUACAACAGCAAGAUCUGUAUACGUUACCGUGCGAUGGUUUUCUUUACAUAGAAGGUAGACUCGAGUCGAAGGAGUCACCAAGUGCGCAAGAGGAAAUCGCGUCCGUGACGAGGCUGGUGAACAAUUGCGCGGCGUUUAUGUUCGAGAAGAUUCGCUACGAGCUCGACGGUGUGGAGAUCAAUCGAAGCAGAAACAUUGGGAUACCGAGCACGAUUAAGAAUUACGCGUCGCUGACAGUCGAAGAAGGCAAGAUAUUAAAGAACGCCGGAUGGAACUUAUCGGCGGUAACUCAUUCGUUGAUCAACGAUUUCAACUUUUGCGUACCUCUCAACGUGUUAUUAGGUUUUUGCGAGGAUUACAAGCGUGUCGUGAUCAACGCGCGACACGAACUUAUUCUGAUACGAGCGCGUAACGAUAACAAUUGUAUCAUAUCGCGCGAAACGCAAGAGCCUAAAAUCGUUUUGUUAAAGAUACAGUGGCGAAUGCCUCAUAUAGUGUUAAACGAUAUUAAUAAAUUAAGGUUAUUGCGCACGUUGGAUAGCGGACGAUACCUGAGCGUCGCUUUUCGCUCGUGGGAUCUCUACGAGUUUCCGCUUCUACAGAGCACGACUAAACAUUCGUGGGCUGUCAAAGCGGCGACGCAACUCGAGAAACCGCGAUACGUUACCUUUGCGCUACAGUCCGGAAAGAAGAACGUUCUAUCCGAGGAGCCUUCCCUAUUCGACGAUUGCAAACUGACUAAUGUCAAACUGUAUCUUAAUUCCGAUUUUUAUCCUUACGACGACAUGAAUCUGGAUUUCGAUAAGCGCAAAGUCGCAGUGCUGUACGAUAUGUACUCGAAAUUUCGAAGAACGUACUACGGAUGCGACAAUGACGAAGCGCUCUUAAAUCUGAAUAAAUUUUUAGUCCACGGCCCGCUCGUAGUCAUCGACUGUUCUCGACAGAACGAGUCGACGAUCAAGAGCACCGUGGACGUUCGCGUAGAGUUCGAUUGCAAGGAAAACAUCCCCUCUAAUACCACAGUCUUAUCAUUCACGAUCGAGUGGUGGAGUACAAUCCACUCACCAACGUUGUGCGCAGAAUCGUGUAAGCGCGAUGAUAUUCGAAAAAAUAUGAAGAGAGAAUAA